UGCUGUUAGAAGAGAAAAAAAAAAUGGAAAAGGGUCAUCUGACCCGAGAGAAAAAUAAACAAAAGGAGAGGAUUUUCUCUUAAGGUUUUUCAUACAAAAAUCAUGAUCUACGAAGAUCCAACCGUCCAAACUCAAAUCCAAUUUCGAAAACGUAAUUUAUGAAGCCCGAUCCAUGUUUCUACCGAUUGGUUUGAGGAUUUGUUGUAAGGAGCUUGCUAAACACUCUCCAAGUGUUGGAUUUACAUUUGGUGAAAUUUUUGUGAUACAUUACAAGGUGGCAUCUAGGAGACCUAAGCUUGAAAUCCACGCAGCUAGGAUUAUCGGUUCUAUUCAGAGUCUUCAAGUAAUAUGGAUAGUGUCUUAUUUCAUGCCAUGUGUAUGGUCACAAGUUUCUAAGAAGAUGUCCAUGAAGAUUCCAUGCAAUUUCCAAGUCAAAAAAAUUCGUUCCUAUGCAAUUGUCCGGACGAGCCUUUGAGGCGUCCGAACGCCCCUGCAGUGUCUAGCAGAUUGAGUUGAAAACAUCCGAAUGUCAGAGCAACAUCGUCCAAACGAUAGGUCAAGCUUUUCCAAUUUCUACACGGAGUUGGAUUUCAGAAGUCAACAUUGUUUGGGAAGUUUCUGCAAGACGUCCGGACGACGUGGCAACACGUCCGGACGAUGUCCAGCAUUUCAGAAUAUUCUGGAUUUCUGUUCGAACGCGAAAAAGAGUUAUAGCGAAGACCGUCCAGACGCUCGGCCAAGCCGUCCGGACGUAUACUUGUUAUGGAAAGAUUUGCGCUAUUCUGGAAGACGGUCGCAGAAGACCAUCAGGACGAGGCAAUCUUCCGUCCGGACGCUCGACAGCCAGAGUCUAAAUUUGUCCAGAUUUAGGAUCUCUGUAAGCCUAUAUAUAGAGGGCUCUAGGCUUGUAAAUUAUAUGAAUUCUGUAACGAAUUCCAUAGUGCUUAGAGAUGGUGUUUAGGGAGAAUCGAAGAUCCGCUAGCUCUCUAGCCAUUGCCCGUGUGUGCUCAACAGUUCAUGUGAAGUCUAUCUUAGGGGUCGGCCCUAAGGUAAAGGAUUCCAUCAAAGACCCCUUCAAGUAGAAGACUUGGUUGAGAAGUGUUCACGAUGGGCUUCGUGUUAUAGUUAAAGGUAUGACUACUGUAAUGGGUUUUGUGAGUAUGAGUGCUUUGUAACUUGCUUUGUCUUUGGAUAGUGGAUUUCCUGGGUU